CGCCUCCCCUCUCUCUCUGUCUAUCCCCCUUCUCUCUUUCAUUGAUCUGCAAUUCUUGCCAUUGUUCUUUUUGACAAAAUUCAAUCUUUUUUCCAGAAAUUUUAGAGUCUUGAUACUAAUUUCACAACCCUUUUGACCAAAUUUGAUGCAGAAUUCAUAUUCACAUUCUUUGGUUAUAUUAUGAUAUGUUAUCUCAUUGGUUAUCUCCUGUUUUGGAUCCAGUAGAUGCACAGGGCUAGUGCUAGUCCUUCUCUGAGCUAACAAGCUUUGGUAUACAUUACAACGUUUUUUUGUCUUCCUAUUUUCUGUGAAAUUUUGAACCUUUGUCAAGAUUGUUGGAGAUUUUGAUGAGAGACCGAAGUAGAAAACACAUCCAUCUAUGGAGAUUUUGAUGCUGUUGUUAUCGUUUGAGAUUUGUCUUCCCAACAAUUUUUCUCAGAUGGAAUGGCAGAUCCUGCUUAUCAUGGGAGUGAGCAAGCACUCAUUGCUUUAAAGAAAGGAUCUCAGUUAAUAAAGUAUAGCCGGAAAGCAAAGCCAAAAGUUUGUCCAUUCAGACUCUCCCUGGAUGAAACAACACUGAUUUGGAUUUCUCGUAGAAAGGAAAGGACUCUGAAAUUAUCUUCAGUUUCACGUAUUAUCCCUGGACAAAGAACAGCUGUCUUCAGAAGAUACUUACAACCAGAAAAGGAUUACCUUUCAUUUUCACUAGUUUACAAUAGUGGGGAGCGGACCCUUGAUCUGAUAUGCAAGGACAAAGCUGAGGUAGAGGUAUGGUUUGCAGGCCUUAAGACAUUAAUUUCUUCUGGAAGGCAUAAUAGGCUUGCGGCUGGAGGUGAAUUAUCCGAGGAUGAUUUUAUUCCGAACGCUCGUCCUUUUGGUGCAGCACUAGAGUUUGCUUCAAGCAUUGCUCGUGGCAGGGUCUCUUUUGAUAUAGCUUCUAACGAGUCUUCAUUGCAAUCGGCAAGCCCAGAUGUGGGGCUAGAGCGUGCAAAUAUGCUACCAAGGACAAGUAUUGGAGAUGGUUUUCGCGUUAGCGUGUCAAGCACACCUAGCUGUUCAAGUGGUGGAUCAGGGCCUGAUGACAUUGAGUCACUAGGUGAUGUUUAUAUAUGGGGUGAGGUUUGGGAAAAUGUGGUUUCACAUGAUGGAUAUGGAACUCAAGUCCCUUCCACAACAGAUGUGUUGAUUCCCAAGCCUCUUGAGUCGAGUGUUGUUCUCGAUGUUCAACAGAUUGCGUCCGGUGUGCGACACAUGGCUCUAGUGACAAGGCAAGGAGAGGUUUUCACUUGGGGAGAGGAAUCGGGGGGAAGACUUGGUCACGGCAUUGAUAAAGAUUUCGGUCGCCCCCAACUUGUUGAGGUUCUAUCAGUUACUAACAUGGAGUUUGUUGCUUGUGGAGAGAAUCAUACUUGUGCUGUGUCUAUAUCAGAUGAUUUUUUCUCAUGGGGUGAUGGUGUAUACAAUGUUGGUCUUCUUGGCCAAGGCACUGAGGCUAGCCAUUGGAUACCAAAGAGGGUUAGUGGUCCUUUGGAAGGACUUCAAGUUAUAUCUAUUGCUUGUGGCACAUGGCAUUCAGCAUUAGCAACUUCUAAUGGGAAACUUUUUACUUUUGGUGAUGGAACAUUUGGUGUCUUGGGUCAUGGAAAUAGAGAGAGUGUGCCAUAUCCAAAGGAGGUUCAAUUGUUAAGCGGGUUGAAAACUUUGAAAGUCGCGUGUGGAGUUUGGCAUACAGCGGCUAUUGUAGAGGUUACAUUUCAGUCUGGCUCAAAUGUUUCAUCAAGAAAGCUCUUCACUUGGGGAGAUGGUGACAAAUACCGUUUGGGACAUGGGAACAAGGAAACAUAUCUUCAACCAACAUGUGUCUCGGCGCUUAUUGAAUAUAAUUUCCACCAGAUAGCGUGUGGACACACUAUGACUAUUGCUCUUACCACUUCUGGUCAUGUGUUUACUAUGGGAGGCAAUGAGAAUGGUCAACUAGGAAAUCCUAUGUCUAAUGGAAAAGUACCUAUGCUAGUGCAAGAUAAAUUGGUGGGUGAAUUUGUUGAGGAAAUUUCAUGUGGAUCUCAUCAUGUUUCUGCCUUGACAUCAAGAAGUGAACUAUACACUUGGGGAAAAGGUGAAAAUGGAAGAUUAGGACAUGGAGAUAUAGAGGAUAGAAAAUCUCCUACAUUAGUAGAAGCCUUGAAGGAGAGGCAUGUGAAAAACAUCUCCUGUGGGUCAAACUUCACAUCUUGCAUAUGCAUCCAUAAAUGGGUCUCUGGUGUUGACCAAUCUGCUUGCACGGGAUGUAGACAACCAUUCGGUUUCACAAGGAAAAGGCAUAACUGUUACAAUUGCGGGUUAGUGCAUUGUCAUGCUUGUAGUUCAAAAAAGGUAUUGAAAGCAGCAUUGGCUCCAACUCCGGGAAAGCCUCAUCGCGUGUGUGAUUCUUGUUAUACUAAGCUUAAAGCUGUUGAGGCAGCUGGCACUGCUUCUACUAAUUUUAACAGAAAAGUUACCACCACGCCGCGUAGUUCCAUAGACGGGAGGGAAAGAUUUGGACAAGGAGAAGUAGGGCCAUCCAGAAUGCUCCUGUCUCCUUUCACGGAACCACUAAAAUACCUUAACAUGAGGACUAAUAAUAAGCUUGGAAACAAAUAUGACAACUCUUCCUUUGUCCCACCUGCUCAAGUUCCAUCCAUUUUACAAUUGAAAGAUAUUGUGUUUCCAAGUUCUGCGAAUUCCAUUCAAAAUGUUUUGAAGCCUGCAAUAUCUCCAAGUCCACCACAAACUCCACCUAUAAACUCGAGACCAACAUCGCCAUACGCAAGAAGGCCUAGCCCGCCACGUUCUAGAACUCCUGGAUUUUCUAAAAGUGUUAUUGACAGUUUGAAGAAGACUAAUGAGCUUUUGAACCAAGAAGUCUCACAAUUGCAGAACCAAAUGCGAAGUUUGAAGCAGAAAAGUGACAUGGAAAUUCAGAAGCUUCAGAAAAACGUAAAGGAAGCUACCUUGUUGGCUGCAGAGGAAUCUUCUAAAUGUAGAGCUGUGAAAGAAAUUUGUGUGUCCACGGUAGAUCAGAUGAAAGAAAUGGCAGAAAAGUUACCACCAGAAAUUUCACCAAGUGAAAAUUUUCAAACCACGCUUACCCGAGCUGAAGAUUUUCUAAGAGAAUUCGAAUCAUCUUCCGUGCCAUCAAGCUUGACCUUUGAGCAACAAAGAGCAUCUAGUACACUUGCUUCUACAUUGCCAGAACAUAGAAUUGAAGGAAAUAAUGAAGCAGCAGCAGUUGACCAAUCUCAAGAUGGAGGAAAUGUCCUUCAAGAAAGUAAUAGAUCUUCUGUUCCUAAUACUGAAGCAGCAAUGCCUCCUGAAAGCUCAGAAAGUUCAAGGUCACUACACCCUUCAAGAUCAGUUAGGGAAGGAGAAACAGAAGUCACUGAGCAAUUUGAACCUGGCGUUUAUGUGACAUUAGUAGUAAAGCCAGAUGGCAAUAAAGUUUUCAAGCGAGUUAGAUUCAGUAAGCGAAGGUUCCAUGCUCAUCAGGCAGAAGAAUGGUGGAACAGAAACAAAGAUCAGGUGUUUAGGAAAUAUAGUACACAAGCUACAAAUCCUGAAGGUUCUGGGUCAUCAUCUAGUGCAGCACCACCCCCUGCUGAAGAAAAUACUGAGGCAGAAGAAGCACCUUCCUAAUCUUGAAUGCUUGUAGUCUACAUAGGUAUGAUCUUAGUUUAAUGAAAUGAUCAUAAAGUAUAGAAGUAUGAUUAAUCUACCAAGUGUAGCAAAAGUUGUAUUAAGUGAAGAAUUUUGCAGAUUUUUACAUCAUAGCUUGGAUAAUCAUGUAUUCACUUAGGACAAAAAUAGUAGUAGGAACAGCGUAUGACUUAGAUAUAGGAAAGUUAAUUUCUUUUUUUUAUCAGUUAAAGAGUCUCAUUUCAUUAAUUAAUUACUGUUUUCUUAAAACA